GCAUACUUUGUUAUUUCCGGUUGCGUAAUAAUAAAAAAUAAAGACAUAUAAACCAUAUAAACUGCUUAUAAAUGUUAUACGAUUUUUUCUCUAAAAUGUCAUUUUCGUGCUAAUUAAAAUAAUCACAAUUAUUCCCUUGAGAAAAAUUAUAUAUUAACUAAAUCGACAAUAUGAACAAAUCACAAACAACUCCUUUGAACUCCCAAACUUAUAUGAGUCAAGCUCAAGGAAAUCAAAUGAAUAAUCAUGAAAAUACUAAAAGUUUUAACGACAUUUUUAGUAAUAAGCCCAAUGAUAUGGAUGACUUAAAGUCGAUUUCUGUUAAACGACCAUCUUUUCCUCCUUCUAUCGAUACUAAAUCUUUAGUAUCCAAUCUCUUAAAACACAAAAAUAAGAAUCCAAAAAUGCCAAAUGAAUUUUUUAUUUAUCGAGCUGCUUUAGUUAAAGAACUCAAGGCGAAUAAUUAUAAGAUUAAAAUGACAAAACUUUCAACCUUGGCAGCAGAUUCUUGGAGCCAAGAGCCACCUAUCAUUAAAUCAGCCUAUCGAAAAUUAGCACGUGAGACCGAGAGACAAUAUUUAAACGCACGUUCUUCAUUAAUGUUAAAUUCUACAACAAAGACGUUAAAUACGACAAAAGAUUCAGGACGAAAAAAGAAAAUUUUAAAUAAUCAAUUACAUACUCUUAAUUCCUCAGUAAAUUCGACCUCAAAUAAUACUUCGAACGAACAAUCGGACAGUUCCGCUAUAGCCACCACUUUAACUAAUAUUGGUGAUAUAGUCAACGUCGCAUAUCCAACUUUGACAGGAAACGAUUUCACGCUAUUAGAAGAUAAUUCAAUUUUUGGUAUGAGACCAAGAUACAAUCAAAAUACGCUAUAUUUAAUCCCUCCACAAGAUAAAAAUUUUUCUUAUAUAGAAGAUUUAUCUAUUUCGACAUAUUCAUCGGAAAAUUCUUCACCGGUUUCUGAUUAUUCUCAUUAUUGGUCUAAUCCGUCUUCUCCUUCAACUUCGACUUUACCUAUAAGUUCGACAAACACAAACGAAUUAAAAGUUAAUAAUAAUUUCUUCGCUCCCUUGUCUACUUCAAUCUAUGAAUUGGGAGAAUAUUAUAACACUUUAACGAUUAACGAUAUAAAUUAUCCGCAAUUUUAUGAACAAUAAAUACGUAUAUAAUUAAGUAGGUAAAAUUAUUAGGCAUAAAAUAAGGAAAUAUGAUUAAAUUGUAAAAUAAUUUCGUAAUAAUAAUGUUUUAUUCAAAAUAAUGUAUAAUAAAAAUGAUGCAAAGAUUUUUCGUGACG